AAUCUGCCAGGGAGGGGGCUGAAGAACAAAACAAUGACACUGCUCGGAAGGAUUCAAAUACAGUAACACUUUUUUAAAGACUUUUAAAACGGAAUAGCACAGAUUUUCCUCCCGUUUUAAAGUAAAAGAGUCCGCUGAUAUCCGAGCUUUUGACAUCGACUGGUUGUUGUUUUGUUGAUAUGUUGUUACAGCUCAGUUGACAGACUAGAGGCUAGCUGCUUGUUUGGACGGCUACAGACUGCUGUAGCUUGCUGUCCCGCUAAUUACAGCUUUUCUUUGGAAAAAGUUGAAAGUGUCCGUCGAAACCAACUAGCUGUAAGCUAAGUAACGUUAACAUUAUUGCUGCUUAGGUGCCAAAUUAUCUACCGAGUUUGUCAGCGAGCUAUUGAGAGUCAGUUUGCUAGCUAGCCUGUUGUUAGCAUUAACAUUUGCACAUUCAUCCUUUCAGGGAGAGUUCAUUGUCUCGGUCGGUACUGGCCACUUGUACAUGUGUUUGUAUUAUUUUAGAGCUCUAUUCGCCAACCUUGGAUAUAAUUUAUGUAAUGCUGCAAAUGCUAACUUUGGUUCAUGAACAAGCUAAGUAUUAAUGUUAAAAACAUAUCAAGUGUAACUCAAAGAGACGGCUGUUUCUGCUUCAUUGCCUCACUGUUAAUAGCACUAAAUUACAUUAAUAAAACAGUCGUAAGUGUUUGAAAUUCAUGCUGCCAAAACAAGUUUGAUAUAUUAUAUUGUUGUGUGAGAGUUAGUUGUUACAGUCAGUGGAUCACCAGCCCUAAUGCCAUGCAGCUAUUUUAAGUUGAUUUAGUCACUGUAUUUUGUAAUUUCCGUUGUCAGUAUUUCCACAUUUUUCAGUAACUGCUAUUGGAAAUAGCUGGUUGUCAAAGCUGUUCCAAUAAGCACUGCUUUGUAUUAAAAUUUAGCUUGCAAGAAACGAUGAGCGGGCAUGGCUCAUCUUCAGAAAAGGGAGUUAAUACUAGCCUAAUAUGUCAAGAUAGUUAUGCCUGUGGUGGCUCUGAGGAGGCUGCAUUUGAGUGUCAUGAAUGCAAAAGCUUGCAGUGUGUUCGUUGUGAGCUCGAGCUCCACAGUCAGGAGCGUCUGAAGAACCAUGAGCGCGUUCCGAUAGGACCCGGGCAUGUCCCUUACUGUGACAACUGUAAAGGAGGCAAUGGAGACAGUGGGAAACGCCAUAGAUCUGUCGUCCGCUGCCAGAACUGCAAAGUUAACUUGUGCCAAGACUGCCAGAAACGCACCCACAGUGGAGGCAACAAGAAGAAACACCAGCUCACACCUUAUCCUCCACCACCCAAACCUGCCGAGGUCAACUUUGUCCAGAUAUUGGCCCCGCCCGUUGUCCAAAUAGCCGAUGACACUAAAUCUCAGAGAGCAAAACUCCUGGAGAAGAUUUCCAGUUUUCUCUUGGUGGAUGAGAAUGAGGAAAUGAAGAUAAAAGAUGAAUCUUCAUUUGUAAAGAGCCUGAGCUGUAACCCUGACCAGCUGCUGAAGGUGGUGUCCAUCUUUGGCAACACAGGAGAGGGCAAAUCUCACACCCUGAAUCACGCUUUCUUCACGGGCAGAGAAGUGUUCAAAACUUCUCCCGCUCAAGAGUCCUGCACGGUGGGUGUGUGGGCGGCUUUUGACCCCUUCCGUAAAGUAGUAGUCAUCGACACAGAGGGGCUGCUUGGGAACAGUUCCAAACAGGGCCAGAGAACCAGACUCUUGCUCAAGGUGCUCGCCAUCUCCGACCUCAUUAUCUACCGCACUCAUGCUGACCGUCUCCACGAUGACCUCUUCAAGUUCCUCGGGGAUGCCUCGGAUGCUUACUUGAAGCAUUUCACCAAGGAACUGAAGGCCACAACGGCCCGCUGUGGCCUGGAUGUCCCUCUGUCCACCUUGGGCCCUGCGGUGGUCAUCUUUCAUGAAACAGUCCACACUAAGCUGCUUGGCUCAGAUAAGUCAUCUGACUCAGUAGAUCGGCUGCUGUUGGAGCGCUUCAAGAAGCUUUCCCGUUUCCCAGAGGCCUUCAGCUCAGUCCAGUACUGGGGCACGCAGACUCUCACCCCCCCGACUGACUUUAGUGGCCUGCAGAAUAAGCUGGAGCAGCUCCUGGACAACAACGCCACCCGCUCCCCACGCACACCCAUGGUUAUCUUCAAAGCCCUGCAGGCAUUGAGUGAGCGCUUUAAUGGGGAAAUUGCAGGUGAGCUUGUUGCCCACAGCUGCUUCUUUCCUGAUGAGUACUUCACCUGCUCCCUCAUGUGCCUCAGCUGUGGAUCUGGCUGCAAGAACAGCAUGAACCACUUAGGAGAAGGAGUGUGCCACGAGGCAAAGCAUCGCUGUCGUUAUUCUCUUCAGUAUGAUAAUCGUAUUUACACCUGUAAGGCUUGCUAUGAAGGGGGAAAAGAAGUGAUUGUUAUCCCUAAGACCUCAGCCUCCUCAGACUCUCCAUGGUUGGGCCUCGCCAAAUACGCCUGGUCUGGGUACGUUAUUGAAUGUCCCCACUGUGGAGUGAUCUAUCGGAGCCGUCAAUUCUGGUAUGGGAACCAGGACCCUGUGGAUACGGUUGUCCGCACUGAGAUCCAGCAUGUAUGGCCAGGGUCUGAUGGCUUUUUAAAGGACAACAGCAAUGCAGCGCAGCGUCUCUUGGAUGGAGUCAACCUAGUGGCCCAGUCUGUGUCAGAGCUCAGUGUCAAGCCUGCCAAGGCCGUCACCUCUUGGCUGACAGAUCAGAUCGCUCCAGCCUACUGGAAACCCAACUCCCUCAUCUUGGUGUGCCAUAAGUGUCACACAGUCUUCCAGGACAACGACACAAAGCAUCACUGCCGUGCCUGCGGGGAGGGCUUCUGUGACUGCUGCUCAGCCAAAGCUGCACCCGUCCCUGAGAGAGGCUGGGGUCUUGCCCCUGUCAGAGUGUGUGACGUCUGCUUCGAGCAGAGGGCUUCAUACGCAGAGAUGCUUGAGGCGGAGCUCGAGGAGGAAGAAGGUGGAACCCUCGCCAGGAAGGUUGGAGAAGCAGUCACCAACACCAUCGGGGUUGUGGUCACUGCUAUUGACAUCCCACUUGGCCUUGUGAAAGAUGCGGCCCGUCCUGCCUACUGGGUGCCUGACCAGGACAUCCUGUCCUGCCACAACUGCCAGCGCGACUUCACCGCCAAGCUGUCCAAGCACCACUGCCGCGCCUGUGGCCAAGGAGUGUGUGACGACUGCUCCCCGGAGCGCCGGCCGGUUCCAUCGCGGGGCUGGGACCACCCCGUGCGCGUGUGUGCCAGCUGCAACCAGAAACCCGGAGAACUUUAACAGGGACGGCCUUCCUUCCUCAGAGCACCAGAGAGAACCACUCACUCAGUCAGCUCGCAGUCUGUCACUGCUUUACCUCUGUUAAUCCAAUGGUUCUGUCUUGUGUAUGUGGAAAGGAAGUGUUUAGGUGCAUAUAUAUAUAUAUAUAUAUAUAUAUAUAUAUAUAUAUAUAUAUAUAUAUGACAUUUAGCAUUAAGAGUUCCUGUGGCCUUUGUAGAACAGCCAGAACAUGUUAGUUACUUGACUGAGUGUGAAAUCUUCAUUUCCACACUGAUUAUUCACAGAGUGAAUAUUUUGAUUCUUACACAAGUCCCUAAUUUUACGUUAAAUAAGGCUGUUGAGCUAUUUUUCUACUAUCAGAAAAUAUUACAAAAAAAUAUAUCAUUUAAAGGAUAUUAGUUAGUUGAGAACCCUGUGGGGUUGGUGUGAUUUAGUCUUCAGCAGUUCUUAUUAUUGAGCAUAAGUUUCUCUGAUGUCGCACGUGUAAUGUAAGGAGAUAUGUUAUGUCUGUGCAGGUAUAACUGCAGGUUUCAUUGCAUGCUGUAUUGCAACAUUUUACUUUUUGCACUAAGCCUUUUUCAGCUGUUAUAGGCUGUUGCUUACCAUGGCCAAGAUCCAGAUAUCCAGAUGAUCAAGUAGUCCCAAACCGAGCUGAAAUCUACCACAGUAUGUCUAGAUUGUGGAUAUCUGGUGUGCCAAAAAUCAUUCAGGUCACUGUGUCCGCGCUGGUACAAUGUUUAUAUUUUAUCAUGUAAUUUGUGGUUGUAUGAAGACAUAUAACUAUGUUAGAGGAGUGUACAUUUGGAACGUUGAAAAUUAUUUAUGUAUUGAAGAUAAAAAACAAAAAAACAAAACGUAUUAUCGCUCUCACACGCAUGACAGGCUGAGAGGUUCAUGGCCUUUUUACUUGUUCAGAGGACGGUCUCUGAAUAAACCUCACUAUCUUUUUUUCCCAAGUGGCAAUUUAGCGAAUCCAAGGCGUAAAAAUGUUUCUAUGUCAUGUUCACAUUUGUUUCCUUGACACCUUGAUUUUAAUUUUUUUUUUUUUAUAUUUACAUUUGUCUGCUUGUGUGGAUAUUGUUUUUGCAGAACUGAAGAAUAUCCAAAUUUGUCUUUAAACCAGUUUUACUCUUGCGUCUCCGUAGGCACAGACUGACGGGAGAAGGACUCCUGACGACACACUUUAGUUCUGUUUUAACUCGUUAUUAUACAUCCGUUAUUGAUAUCUUCUAUUUGAUUUUUUCUGUUUUUUCUUUGCAUUAGUUACUGUAUGAAUAUUUAUGAACUUUGUAGCAACUGUAUGCGUACUACUCUUUCUCCCUAUAUUGUUUUUGUCUAUUUUUUUUGUCUUUAAGCAUUACACAGAAGAAAUGAUGCUUGGAUGUGGCAAUGGUGCGAUAUUGACCAUAUUUAGUGACUGAGAGCUUUACGUCUGGAUGUCAUACAAAGCACAAGGUGAUGCCUUUUUAACACAUUUGCUUGUACUUUGUUGUUUAAAAUGGAAAAAAAAGGGUCUUUGUUGAUUGUAAGCUUUGUAGAUAAAGUGAAUUCUUCCUUUGCUCCUAACGUGGAACUUUUUGGUUCUGAUGUCUGAUGAGAAAAUGUGUCUGUCUUGUCUGAAAAUAGAUUAAUCUGUCUGAAUGUUGCAUCACACACACACACACACACACCCUCUGAGAUGCUAAUAUUGCACAAAAUAGAAUAGGAAAUACAUCAUGUCUGAUUACGUGUAUUGGAGUUCAUUCCCAUGCAAAUGUGUGCAGUCUGUUGCUUCAGAUGUCCUCUGCAUUUUGUGAUGUCCAGUUUUUUCAAUUAGGUCGGGUGCUAUCAACACUUCUCACCUACACACUACAAGCAGGCAUAAUUAAAACCUUUAAAACUGUUGGAAACUAAUUGAAGCGAUGAAAUGUUUGGAUAUUAAACUGGUGGAAGAUUUGCAUAAGAUUAAAGUUGUAGCAGCUCCCAUCUGUCAAAAACAAAAUUUGGAAUUGCCUCUAUGUCUUUAGUGUGUGUUUAAAUCUCAAUGUGUCAAACCACUUACUGUACUGUAUGUGGGAGGAAUAGAUCGUGUGCACGCCUGUGUAUUUAUGAGCCCUGCUUCCACUCCUCUCCAUCACUGCAGCUUCAGAUAAAGUGAAGGAAAAUUAUUUGCUGGGUGCUUAUUGAUGAUGAUAAAUGAUUUAUAAAUAUUUCAAUAAAUAAUUAAACACAA